AGACAAGCAGGCAGUCGACCACUGCAAAGUGUUGAGCUCGGGACAAACUGGGCUUAGCCCACUCCACUCCUCCUCUGUCCAAGAGAAGAUCCCAAACCUCUUCUGUCUGUGAAGGGCUCAUUCCCAUCCCAAACAAUAAUGUGAAAAUAAGUCGGAAGGAUUUGUCAGAUGUUCACACUAAUCGUCGCUUAUAGCUACGCGCCGUUUUACCAACAUUGUCACUCAGUUACAGUUUACAGUCACGUUCCAGUUGGCUAUCCACAAGGAUACCUGGUGUGAGAUGUCCCGUGGAAUAUGCCCACGCGUAAACUUUUGGAUUUUGACGUUGGUCAUAUUUGCCGGGAUUAUGAUCGACGCAAACGCCUACAGCUGCCAUGAAGUAAGGACCGCUUUCCAGCAGAGACAGGUUGGACCGCUUCAACGCGUCCCGGAGGCACCUGACGUAGAUGUUGAUCUGCUGAUUUGUAAGCACCCGGGUCCAUCCUGCUGCAACCGCAAGAUGGAGGAGAGCUACCAGAAUGCUGUAAAGCGAGAAACCCUCCACAACAUUGAUGCCUACAGCUCUGAGCUUGAGCACCUCAUCUUCCGCCAUUUAAACGCCUUCCAGGGUAUGUUCCAGUCUCUUCUGUCAUUCUCUCAAGGCCACCUGAGCUCUCUGGUGGAGGGAACCUACUCAUCCUUGUCCCACAGUGCCUUGCCCCAUGUGAAUCAGCUCUUCUCCUCUCUUUCCUUCUACCUUCGUGGCGCCAAUGUUUCUGUUGAGGCAGCAGUUCAUCAGUUUUAUAACAACAUCUUCCCUUUUGUCUAUACACAACUUAUCAAUCCAGGCAUUGAAGAUAGUGUGACGGGAGGUAGUGAAAUGGGUGACUGCCUCCGUAUGAUCAGACAGGAUGUUAAUCCUUUUGGGCAUCAUCCUGCCAUUAUGGCUCAGGAGCUGGCUGGGGCUUUGGGUGCUGGCCGACAACUGGGUCUAGCCUUGGAGGAAGGUCUGGAGGUCAUGAAUGCCACAGAGCAUGCCAACCUGAGCAAAGACUGUGUUAAAAGCCUUGUGAAGAUGGUGUUCUGCUCCCACUGCAGAGGCUUGACGUUGAUCAAACCUUGCAUGGGUUACUGUCUGAAUGUAAUGCGAGGUUGCUUGGCCAGUGUUUCAGAGCUGAAUCAGCCUUGGAGGAGAUAUAUCACCUUGUUGGAGCAACUAAUCCUUGCCAUGGCUGGACAUCACAGUAUGGAGCUAGCCCUGUUAGGGGUCAGGGGGCACGUUAAUGAGGCAUUACUCUAUGCACAGAUCCAUGGACCACUCAUUACUGCCACGGUGGACAAGGUGUGUGGCCUAUCCACAGGAGAACCUACAGACAUGCAACCUAUUAGCCCAGAGGCCAUGACCUCUACCAUAACCUCCUCUCCUCUACUUCCAUUUGCUGCCCCCUCCCAACCAACACCAGAGCAGCGGCUGGAAGAGUUAGCCCACUUAAAGAGCUCAUUCCCCCUGAAACCCUCCAAGAAUAAAUAUAGUCUGAGAACGCUCUCUAGGGAGUUUUUGAUGAACCUGCAACGCUACAAGUCCUUCUUUACUGCAUUGCCAGAGAUGCUGUGUGAAGCAGAGAAUGCAGUGGACGAGUCCACUUGCUGGAGCGGAGAGGAUGUUGUGGAAAGCUAUUCUGGCAGAGUUGUAGGAAAUGGUCUGCAUGCCCAAAGGCAAAACCCAGAAGUCAAAUUUCGCAAAAUGGACUCUACAAUGGUUGAGGUCAAGGAGCGGCUGGAGAACUUCAUCCAGGAGACCCAGGAAACAUUUCCGAAACUGGGCCAAACUGAGGCCUGGGAAAAGCUGCAAGAGCUAGGAAGUGGUGAAGAGGAGGGCAGCGCCACAGACUGUGAUGACGAAGAUGGUUGUCAAAGUUCAGGAGAUGGUCAAGAAAAACACUCACAUAAAGAAGUCUCUAUUGAACAGGAAUCCCAUGGUAAACAGCCCAGAAGGGACAGCACACAAGAAAACCUUGAUAGGCCCCCCUCAGUGAAGGCGAUAGGAAGUUCACCACCGGUCACCUGGCUACAACCCUGGAGCAUUGCACUGCUUUUCGCUGGACAUUUCUUACAGUGGAUCCUGUUCUAAUAACACAGACUAUGAAUCAACCAUCAUCUCUGCUAUUUUUGGAACCUACAUGCACACAGAUACUGAAACAUAUGACAAAUAUAUUUCUUACUUUUGUCCUUAGCCUACAUGGAUGGAUGGAAAUGAAGAAAACAGAAAAGGAGAGCAGGACAUUGUUGACAGUGUUAAAGGAGUCCAUAUGGGUGGGCUUCCACAGGAACUUGGUGUCCUGCAGCAUCAAUGUGGGUGUUUGCACAAGCUGACUUCAUGCAUGCUCAUCAGCAAAGAUAAAACUUGUUUUUAUACACUGUUUGGGGCUAGACGUGUGUGUGUGUACAGGAGCUCUAAAGCUUCUUGUUUCACUUGCACAAAACACCUUUGUGAUUCAGAAUGUGGCUGCAUCAUUCUUAAGAACAUUUAUAAAUGUAAACAUAAACAUGUUACACACAACUUAACAGCUAUUCUUCUUUUGUACUGCUGGUUUUUAUGUAUCCUCCAAGCUACAAACCUCAUCACAGCACUGCACCUUUUGCCAACCAGGCAGAAGAAUUAUGCUUGUUUAAAAACUCAUUUCAUUUUGGGGAUUAAAGAAUGCAUGAUAGACUGAUAGAUCAGUCCCAUGUGCCUGGCCCAAAACAGCAGAUUUGAUAUGCUCUAAUGACUGUGUACCUUCAUAGGGAUUAGAAUGUAAUGAGUUCAAAGGUACAGCACAGGCUCACUUGCACGGCUGAACAUAUUGUGCAGAUAAACUAGGUGUGUAUACUGUAGUAAGCAACUGUAUAUAGAUGAAAAGAUUUGAUGAAGAAAGUGAGGUACUAAUCUGAAAAAAAAUGUUAUUGAGCUGAAUGGGUUCUUUGUUUUUUUCUUUUUUUCUUUCAAUAACUAUGAAGGGACUAUGCUUGUCAACUCCACAUUAACAGCAAAAAAUGAUACAGUUUUAAAGUCUGUCUAAACUAAAACAAGAAUAUGCAACACUCAAGCCAAGACAUAAAUGGACAGUUUGGACAUUUGAAGAAAGUCUGUACAUUGUUGUUACUAAUGUUAAUUGUGCAUCCUGUUUUGUGUGUUUGCUUGUUGAAUUGCAAAUUAUUGCACGUAUAACCUGCAUAAUUACCAAAACUGUUAAAAAAAAAAAAAAAAAAAGAUAUCUCUUCAGAGCCAUCGGUUACGCCUACAAUUUUUUAAACCAUAAUUUUCCAGUGGUGGUUUAACACCUCUGCUGAAUGGACGAUUUGGAAUUUCAAAACAAGAGUGAAUAAGGCCGCCUCAAA